GAGGAUUCGGGCAUGGACGGAAAAUACGGUGGAGACUGGGGUUUUCAAGAAGGUGAGGGACACACUGGACAAAGGAGCCUCUUGGGUCACUAUCCAAGGACCACCAGGAGAAGGGAAGUCCACUGUAGCGUACAUGACUCUCCAAGACCAGCUCGAUAAGGGGAGACAGGUCUUCCAGGUUGAGUCACCUUCCGAGUUCUCCGAUGUCACGAUGACCUGUUCUCGGCCUCUUAUCAUGCUGGACGAUAUUUUGGGAGACUUGGAAUUCAGCGUUGUGGAAUGGUCCAUGUGGAGGCAAGUUCUUCGUCCACUUCUGGAUCCUAUCUCCUUCAAUAAGACAAAUACAGGUCAAAGACGCAAAAUGGUAACAGUUCUGUUUGUUGGUCGGGAUUACGUACUACAGUCGGCCUCGUCUGAUUUAGGAAGACUGACGACAUUUAUGUUCCACGAUGAAAACACUGUCCAUAUUUCGUCGGGGAGAGAUGUUGAUGAAAAAAUACAAAUUUGGAAUGCGGUGCCCGAGUUGAGGCGUAUGGCUUUUGAUCAUGAAAAGGUCAAGGCCAUAUGUCAGACAAACUGCCCCUAUGGGUUUCCCUAUAUUUGUAAACUGUUCAUUGCGGCGUAUCACCAUGACAACAAGAUAUCUGCAGAAGAAUAUUUUACCAAACCUGUGGAUUUCCUUAACCAGACUAUAAGAAAGGUUAUACAGGACAAGGCGAAGCGCCGGUUGUUUAUGGCAAUCCUCAAGCGGAAUGGAAAGGUGACGGAAAAGGAGUUGGAUGAUGAUGAGGAUGAUUAUGCAGGGUAUGACUGUUUAUCGGCUGCUAAUCACCUGAUAGGAUCGUAUUUAAAAAGAGAAGACGGCAUAUACAUGUUUGCUCAUCCCUCUAUACACGAUAUAACAGCGUCUCUGCUAAUCAGAAAAUAAGGCAAUGAGGUCUGUAAGUCUCGGAGUCACUACUUCCGGUACUAAGCUGGUUCCCGGCUCCCUUUGCGCAUGCCACCU